AUGAAGGGCAGCGUGUCAGGGCACAGUCAUCAAGAUCAAGAACCACCUACACCAGACGACAGAGAGGGCAGAUAUUCAGAGGACAAGUCCAUUACAGAAACGGAAGGUGGUGUAAAGCAUGAUGCAAGAAGGGGGAACAACUUGGAGCCUGCCUUACCCGGAACACCAGCUCCAAUCAUCCUGGAUAGUGGCGGAGGCGAUAGCUUCCUCCCCAACAGGAUGGCAGAACUUGAGGCAGAGAAAAAGCCUGUCAAAAACCUAAAGGGGGGCAGAGAAGUCGAUCAAAAUUUUCAUGUUACAGAAGAGAUGGAGAAGGAUAUUAAGAGGGCGCUAGGUCAAGGACCCCAAGAGGAAAUCGUAAGUAAUAGAUUCAAAUUGGAACUCACCCGAAGAGAUAUCCAGACCCUGAAGAACGGUCAAUGGCUCAAUGAUGAGGUCAUCAAUUUCUACAUGAACCUUCUGAUUGAGAGAAAUGAAAACCAAGGCUACCCAGCCCUUCAUGUGUUCAGCACUUUCUUUUACCCCAAGCUAAAGCAGAGCGGUUACACUGCUGUGAAAAGGUGGACCCGAGGAAUCGAUCUCUUUGACAAAGAACUUAUCUUGGUGCCUAUUCACCAGAGGGUACAUUGGAGCCUGGUGGUAAUCGAUUUGAGAAAACAAAGUAUCACAUACCUCGAUUCCAUGGGGCAGACAGGGCAGACUAUCUGUGAGACCAUCUUCCAAUAUUUACAAAAUGAGAGCAAGACACGAAGGAACAUCGAGCUGGACCCUUUGGAGUGGAAACAACACAGCAUGUCAGCAGAGGAGAUUCCUCAGCAACGGAAUGGGAGUGACUGUGGGGUGUUCGCCUGUAAAUAUACAGACUACAUCGCUAGAGACCAACCUGUCACCUUCUCUCAGCAGCACAUGCCCAUCUUCAGGAAGAGGAUGGUAUGGGAAAUCCUGCACAGUCACUUACUGUAA